CGUCGGUCUUCACGGAGCCUAAUUCACUUAAAACCGGAGUGACUGGGUUUUGCUAUCGAGAUUAAAAUAUACUAGAGGCAUCUGGAAAAAUGUCUUCCUCACUCUUAGAAACCAUCCAGCUACCCCACCUCCCCUCUUCGAUGCCUGUCCAUGUUGCGCUGUAUCGUGACGUGCAGAAUGCUCCGUAUUUACGACAGCAGCUUCUAUCAGCUAAUGCUGACUUUGAAUAUGCAUUUAUUGAUGCCAGCAUGAUUCUCUCCAGGGCACAUGCGCUCUCUGCCGUUUUCCGAGCAGUCAAUGACUACCUGAAUGAACGUCUCAAGUCGCGCAAUAUCCACUCAGAAAUUGUCUUCUCACUCAGUCCAACAAAUAAUAUCGCCGAUUCUUUUCGGAAAUUUGGUAUCACAGAUACCACGAAGAGCUUGCUUAUUGUAAAAGUUUCCGUGACGCCGGAUAUCACAUAUGAGUCUAUUAGUUCGCAUCUCAGGGAACAUGUUCAGGGCUCUCCUCUGCCAUUUACCGACGAAUCCCUAUCUAGCCUCUCCGAUGUUACGAAAAUCAAGAAAGCGUACAAGCUCGGCUCGUUGCCUUCUGCUCCUUCGAACCAGCCCAACGGUGCUCAUAAUAACGGGGAAAGACAACUCGAACUUUCUGUUUUAGGAGCCAUUGCAUUGAGGGGUGCAGCAUGAUUGCAGCCUCAGUAUAGACAGAUAUUUCCAGAUAUUUUGUCCAUUCUGCCAUGGUGUGCCGCUGCGCGCACCAACCCUCAUGAUAUCGCGCCAAGACAGGUCCGACAGCAGCUUAACCACUCACGCUGGAAUCGGAGAUUCUCGCGAGAUACCUCUAGUUGCUUUCCCACGCUGUAUAAAUGGAAAGCGUUUGUUUACAUCGCGUGGGAGGCCAUGAGAUGGCUGGGUUAUACUGGAUUGCACUUUUCCCAGCAGCCUGGUCUGUAAAUAGGCGCAAAGAAGUGUUAUAGUAUUCAUAGAAACACCAGUAUUAGAAUAAUAUGGCAUGGAUGAAAUACUUCAGCUAUAAAACCC